UUUGACAGGGCACAGUCAGGCAGACUCUGUACUCCAGCUCAGCGUUCAGUUAGGCACAGACGCCCCCCAGCCCCUCUGCCACUCUCUCCUUGCUUUUCAUUUGGACGUUUGGUUGGAGCCGCCGAACAGCAAUAAGCAGCCAUGGAUGCCAUCAAGAAGAAGAUGCAGAUGCUCAAGCUCGACAAGGAGAAUGCCUUGGACAGAGCUGAGCAGGCUGAGUCAGACAAGAAAGCAGCAGAGGACAGAAGCAAACAGUUAGAGGACGAAAUGAGAGAGUUGGAAAAGAAAUUGCGUAUUUCUGAGGACGAGAGAGAUAAAGUGAUUGAGGAGUUCCAAACUGCUGAGGAAAAGCUGCUGACCGCUGAGGAGGUCGCCACCAAGCUUGAGGACGAUUUGGUAGCUCUGCAGAAGAAGCUGAAGGGAACUGAGGAUGAGUUGGACAAGUACUCUGAGGCUCUUAAAGAUGCCCAGGAGAAACUUGAGCUGGCUGAGAAGAAGGCCACCGAUGCCGAGGCAGAUGUCGCUUCCCUUAACAGGCGUAUCCAGCUGGUUGAGGAGGAGUUGGAUCGUGCUCAGGAGCGUCUGGCCACUGCCCUGACCAAGCUGGAGGAGGCUGAGAAGGCUGCAGAUGAGAGCGAGAGAGGCAUGAAGGUCAUUGAGAACAGGGCCAUGAAGGACGAGGAGAAGAUGGAGCUGCAGGAGAUCCAGCUGAAAGAGGCCAAACACAUCGCUGAGGAGGCUGACCGCAAAUAUGAGGAGGUGGCCCGUAAGCUGGUGAUCAUUGAGGGCGACCUGGAGCGUACAGAGGAGCGUGCGGAGCUGUCAGAGAGCAAAUGCUCUGAGCUUGAGGAAGAGUUGAAAACUGUGACCAACAACCUGAAGUCACUGGAGGCCCAGGCUGAGAAGUACUCACAGAAGGAGGACAAGUACGAGGAGGAGAUCAAGGUCCUCACCGACAAGCUGAAGGAGGCUGAGACUCGUGCUGAGUUCGCUGAGAGAUCAGUAGCCAAGCUUGAGAAGACCAUCGAUGACUUGGAAGAGAAACUCUCACACGCUAAAGAAGAGAACCUCGAUAUGCACCAGAUGCUGGACCAGACUCUAAUGGAACUGAAUAAUUUGUGAAAGCGCGGUCUGACUCCCCCCUCGCACACUGUGGUUUUGGCUUUUUAUACUUGCACCUUGCUUACCAUAAACCGCUCUUGUUGUACGCUGUCCAUGGUGGAGAACAAACAGCCAGAUGCUAUUCCUAUUGCACCGCCCUGCCUUCAGCGGAACCUGACCAAGGAGCAAAGCUCAAGGGAAGUAAAGCUUAACCAUUCCCUUUGAUGAAACCUAAACUGAACUCACCAUUGUUUUGGGUUUUUUGCAAGCCAGUUCAUAUCUUGAAAUGAUGUCCGCUUUUUGCAGUCCUUCAGACAGGCUUUUUCUUUUGUCAUUAUUUUUGACAUGUCAUCCGGUGAAAUGACAUGUGCCAUUGGUUAUAAAUUGUUUUCUACACCUGCAUUUAAGCUGGUCUGGUACUUUCCAUUCCACACUGAUUAUGCACAGACCAAAGAAUAAAGUGGAGACAUUUUGCACUUGAUAUGGACCUCAACAUUAUGCUCAUUUUGCAUACUGUUAGACAAACUGUGUUUAGAAAAUACAUGCCCUCCUCCCAGACUAUUUCUGCUCCAAUAUAAGUAUACAUUGGCUUUGCCUGUCAGUAUGUAUACUGGUGCUACUGUAUUGUUAAGCAAUGAUUUAAAAUUGCAAAUGCAUCACAGUAUAGUCUUAAUUUUCUUCUUGUCUGUAAAGAAUCAUUUUCAUCCAUCUGGUUGUGCAUUGUUUUAGCAUUAUUUUGUAGAUGUUUCAAGGUUUAUCAUAUCUGAAAUGUACAAAUUAUGACUUUAAAAUAAAAGCACGUUUUGAAAGUU